UUGAGGAAUCCAGGCGGGAGCGCUGCCGGGUUUGGCGACGUUUGUUUUCAAGAUGGCCGCCGAUCAGGGGAAGGAGAGAAACUUCUAAAAAAUAAUCAUACAGAUUAGGUUAAAAAAGUAUCAGCAAGUAGCGGUAUUUUAACGCGUUCGAUAAUUCUUUCGGGUAAAGGGAGACAAGUUUUUUUAUUUUUUAAAUUGAUUUCCGACUAGCCAAAACAAUAAAGUAGUAUUUGUACUUCGUUUGCGGCCCCGUGCAAUUGUGCAGGGGGAGCAGAAAAGGGGGAAUCUUCUAGAAUCUGGGUCUUUAGUUGAAAUGCACGUCGGUUGUUCCAAACAAGGAAGUAGAGUUUGAACAAGCUGUUUUAAAUUUAUAUACUAUAUUAAUAUAUCGGGUGGUUAUAAGGGCUUGCGUGUUUAACGUUUAUGAGCCGGUCAUUGUCAAAUUUUCAUAGCUCAAAAAUGGACUCCUCUAAUAAAAACGUAAGGAAAAACUGCGACAGGAGCGACUCCAGCAGCAGCAGCAGUGGUGGUGCCAGUAGCAGUAGCAGCAGCAGCAGCGGCCCGAGUAGCCCCGGCAGCCCCGAACACAAAGCGCCGGGGGCCAACGUGUUCGCUAACGACGGGAGCUUCCUGGAGCUCUUUAAAAAAAUGGAGGAAGAAAGAAGGAGAAGGGAACAGCAGGAGGAGCAGCAGCAGCCCGGCGCCGAUGGAGACGAGGCCACCCGGAGCCAGACGCAAGAGAAGAAGGGCGUGACAAGCAUUGUGGGCAAGCGGAGAGGUGGAGCCAAACUAGCCCUCAAGACAGGGAUGGUUGCCAAGAAGCAAAAGUUGGAGACAGAGGGUGAUGCAGCUAAGGGAGAUGCUUGGGCCAAAUACAUGGCAGAGGUGAAAAAAUACAAAGCACAUCAGUGUGGUGAUGAUGAUAAAACCAGGCCACUUGUUAAAUAAGACUUGAUUUAUUUGCUCCAUUUGCUUGUAUUCAUACUGGACAGAACAGCUUGAAUAUUCCAGUUGGCAAGUUGUAUCAGGGUGAAUUUGGCAGUGGAGUAGGGAAGAUUUGACUCAAAAGCUUUUUUUUUUCCCACCCCUUCCUCUUGUGCUUAUCAUAGUAUUAUGGUUUUUACCUCCAGUCUCUUCUGCUUUCUUGGAGAGGAGGGUUUAAAUGCAAGUGUCUUCCCCUGCCUCCCACUUCUGUACCCAAGCCUGUCAUAUAGCUAGUAAACUGCAUCUGCCUUGUUUUCUUGUUUUGCCUGGUACUUGGUUUGUGAAAGUAUACAGUGCUCUGCUGCUCCAACGUAAAUGUGGUAAACUGGACCAUUCAUUUUGUCAUCUGUGCAGCAGGCUGAAAGUUUAGAAAGGAGUAAAAUUGAAUUGCUGAGCCAUUAAUAAGCAGUGGGGCACUAAGACAAAUUAAGCUUGCUGGUGUUAACUGGAGGCAAGCAUUGUAUGACUUGGAUGAGUGUCUUGCAUGUCUUUUCCUUUAGAAAGAAAUCGCAUAUGUUAAACUCCUUCCAGGAAGGUGAUGAUUAUUACAUAUGACCUGGAAAAGUAAGAUUGAAGUCAAGGAUAUCUGGGACCUGGAAGUUUAAAAGGAGAUAUCCUUGUUUUGUUAUUGAUGGAAUACAAGUCUCUCUCCAUUCCAACCUUCUCCAAGUCAAAACUAAAAAUCUAGGUGGGUCUUAUUUUUGCAGAAAUCUGUAACUGAAGAAAUAUCCUUAUUAGCAUUGGUAAGCCUCAUAGAGAAACCGUGUUAAGGUGUUGUUUCUUCUGAAAUCUGCAACCUAGACAGGGUAUCUAAAAUGGAAGGCAAUGGAACAAGAAAGAAAAAUCUUAGUUUACAUCUAAAGUUUGCUUACCAUUUGUUGUACUGUAAAUAUUGGGGGAAUUGUGCAUUUUUGAUAUUUCCAAUUUCAUAUUCUUUAUGGCUCCAGCAGACCUCCGUGACCCUGUGUUAGGAUAUUGCGGGUUGGAAAAUGACUGAGUGACUAUUCUUUAUGGUCACAGAUGUAAUGCUUAUCCAAAGAUAACUGUUUCUUUGUAUUACCUUAGCUUAAGUGCCCGGUGGGAUGAGGUAGAUUUUUUUUUCCCCCAAUCAUUAGAGGCUGUUUAGGGGAAGGUGGGUGUGAAUGGAGAAGGUAAACUGAUGAUCAGACGGGAAUUUUUUAAAUUUAAAAAGUGAGAUACUAAACAUGAAAGAGGUUAUGUUCCUGAAGAUGUGAAAUAGCACAAAUGACAGCUCCAUUUAAUCUUACCCUUGCUGUUUGAUGGUAAUAUCAAUCCAUACGUGGAUGGCCUUCCUAGUCAGUGGAGGAACAAUUACAAAUAUUCAGUCUCAAUAUCCUUCUGAUUUUCACAUGAUGUUGGAGUAUUUUAUGCAUGCCAUCAUUACUGAGGACUCUGUCUUGCCAACCACACCUGUGCUAACACCGUGAUGAAUACUAAAAGCUGCUCCUGUGGCGACACACCUGAACAGAGAUGCUGCCCUGCUCUUCUGUCUUUAUGCACCUACAGGAAUGAGGUGCAGAUGUGGAAGAUCAUGAUGCUUAUACAUUCCUCCUGGAGGAAAUCUGUAAUUAAUGCACCCUUUAUACUUUGAAGCAAAUCUCAUUUGCGUACUGUUAAUAUUUGGAUUCUAAUUUUACCUGUAAAGUGAAGUAAGUGGAACUUAUAAUUGUUUUUUUGACUAUUCUUAUGCUAAAGAUAAUUAAAUAUGUGAAUUUAUCUUUGUGAUUUGUUGCUAGUAACCAUUAAGUUUAAGUGUCCAUGUAGGAGGCUGAUAAUAACUGUAUAAAGGGGACAUUCAACUAAUAGGCCAUACAUGCUGUUGAGAGAUUGACAUUGGAAUUACGUUAGAAACUGAAAAUGUUUGGCUACUAAAUAGUACAAAUUUUGUCUGUGUUUCAAUUUUAUUAACUCACUUAAUCCUAUUUUAGAUUCAUUGAAAGCCGGAGUAUUCCAGCCAGCUAUGAACUAUCGGUAAGAUUGGCACUAUGUAACCCAGAGUGAAUGAGGUAGAGGCAUUUUACUUAUUACUUUGCUGAUAUCUUUAUCUGAGGCAACUUAUAACACCUGAGAUACAGUUGGUUACAUUUUUUACGCAAUUGGACCACAGGCAAGCAGUGGUCAGUAGUGGGAUUUGAACCCACAGACUCGGGGUUUGACAUCUGAAGCCCCUAACCACUAUGCCACACUGUGCCUACAUGUAAAUGUUUGCAGGUUCAUGUGUGGCACUCUUUUUUUUAACAUUUGCAAGACUGUCAUGUGCAUUUAACCAUGCUGACAGGCAUUAUUCUAAAAGAAGAGGAUUGUGAAUUAAUGGUCCCUGAAGGGAGGGUUUCCUAUAAAUGUUAAAACUUUUAUACAUUAACACCAGGUUUUGCCUCUAGAUUGCAGUCAUUACCUGUUUUGCAGUUCCCAGCUGUUACAGCAUUCCAAGUGCAUCAGUUUUAAUGCUGCCUUUCAGCUCUUGAGUAUAAACACUAUCACUGGUUUGGUCCUCACACACAGAAGAGAGGCUUGGCUGUAUGUUGUUUUGUGUUAUAUGUACCAGAACAGAAUCAGCGUGGUUAGGGUGGGACUGUGGCUAAACUUGCUGUACCUGUUAACCCUUUGUACACCACUUGCUCCAUCAUUCAGCACAUUCUUGGCUAUCACAAAAAGGGAGUGGAAAGACGGCACUAAGUUGGUAAAAAGAUAUGCCCAGUGAUUGUCAGUCAUGUUAACAUGGUCCAGCAGCAAGAUCAGCAACAGUAGUCAAGUCUGACAUACCCCUUCACCUACAAGUUGUAAGAUGUGACAUUGAUGUAUUGAAUGUUGAAUUGGCUAGCUUGUAUCGGGUGGUUCUCAAGUUAUAAAUUGAUUGGAGUGAAAAUAAGGCAGCCCUGCUGCUCUGUUGUAUCCAGAAAUGGCCAAGCACCUACAUCCGUCAUGUUUUAAAUUUUCCGGGCUGGUUAAUCGAUUUACAGGGUGCUUAGAUCACAGAACCUAUCUCGGCUGUUUUGGGCACAAGGCAGUCACUAUCACAGGAUGGGAUGCCAGUCCACUGAUACUGGGCAGGAAAAUAUGCAAACUUCAUGUGGCGUAACUCAGCUCUGUGGAGUUGGCAGCAGCACCAGAGGUUGUCAUUCCAUUGUUUUUAAAAAAACAAUAAACUUAUUUGACUACA